GCACCGAGAGCAACACGGAGACCAAACGUUCAAGGUUCUUCCUAAACUUCAAGACCGGCAGCUACAAGUACAAGAUGAGCGUUGAGGCAGGAGACGUUGAAACGCUUCCCAUUGACGGCUGGAAAGUUCCGUUCUUCGUCGCUUAUGACGAAGAGACGCUGGCCAAACCCCCCGACAGCAGCCAUCCGGACUUGAAGUCGAAAUGGGCCGAGUUGGAACCCGGCAAGUACAGCCUGAGUCGCAUCAUCAUGUUUCUCGGUUCGGCACCUCUCUCUUCCCUCGACUGGGACCACGCCCACUCCCCCGGCCUCAGCAAAGACAGUGAUCCAGAUGACAUGAAGGUGAUGUUCUUUAAGAUGUUCCUCACAGCAUAUUUGAAGAGACUACAAAAGGACCCAGACGCUCUCACCCUUGGCUACACGAUCAAAGAGGCGGCCCCUGACCCUACGGACAAGGCUCCGACGUUCCCUCCGACCGCUGUGAAAAUCCAGAACUACCGAUAUCAACCUUGUUCCGACACGCAACAAACCAUCAACGGGAAGGCUAUCCCUCCGAAUUCCCGUGACGCCUUCGUGUUCAUGGAGAUGACCGGAGGUUCUGACUUUCCCCGCGAUGAGCUGCAGAGAAAGGGCAACCUCAUCAUUGGCGACAUGCCAGGAGCGCUCGUGUUCAACAGGGAACUCUUUUUCAAGAAGUACCUGGUAGAAAACGCUCUCAGCACCGUCAACGUCUCCUUCCUCGACAUGGCGAAUGAUCUGAUGAAGUGGGUGGAUGGAGGACGCUGGGAAUCGGAUUGGUUGCUCACCAACGGGUCAAGAGCCGAAGCCAUUCCGGAUGCCAAAUGGACAAUCGACGGGUCCAAGGCCAAGCUGAGCUGGAAGGGAAACAAGUGGUUCAGCAGUAUCGGAGUUCACCGUUCUACGGACAGUUCUCUCGAGACCGAACUGUCCACUCAACCACGGACAAACAAGAUUACUCUAACGUCCAAGAUGAAGCUCGGUUCCAGCAUGACGGUAGUCGCCGGGCGCGGCCCCGGGUACAACAGAGGAACAGACGGUGAAGUGCAUCUCACGAUCGAGUUCGUCAUCCUGGCGGACGAAGAUGGCACGCUUCAUGUACAGCCAGAAGAGAAGAUCGACUAUGUCGGUGCGGAAGACAGCAGGGAUGCUAGCCUUAUCAAGCUGAUCUUUGGCAAGCCAAGUACUGAGGUCGGGGACUUCAUCAAGGGCAAGUUGAAAGACGUUGUCCGGACAAAGCACAUCGGCGACGCGAUUGCUGCGGAUCUCAACGAGAAGAAGCAGCUGGUGUUUCCGGGCUCGGGAACGUUCAGCUACAAGGAUCCUAAGUUCUCCGAUGGUGGCGAUCUUCUUAUCACGUUGGAUCUGGUUGGUAAGGAUAUCGAGAGGGAUAGGACGUUGGUUUCUUAGAGGGUUCGACUUUCGAGGGGGGAGGGCAGUCAUGCCAGACGGAGUGGCGCCCUUUUUUUUUUGAGGGGGGGCGGGUGGUGGCCAAGGUCAGUGGAGGUAGCAAUGUGAAUCGAUGGGUCGUCAAAGUCUGCCUGCGAUCCGCCUAAUGGAUUGACGUGGACAGUUUCCCAGCUUAUUUGUCUCGUGGGUCAUCUUAAC